UGUAUUUGAAAGUUCUGUCGAAGAAGGUUUCCAAGCUUGAAGUAAAAUGGGCGAUCGAGUGCUUCUUCUCGGUAGUGGAGGCCGAGAACACGCUCUAGCUUGGAAGCUAGCUCAAUCAGAUCAUGUUUCUAACAUAUUUAUCGCUCCUGGAAAUGCUGGAACAUCAUUGUCAGACAAAAUGCAAAAUCUUCCCUCGACAAGUGUGAAUCCAAAUGACAACGACAGUGUGGUCAAAUACUGCAAGGAUAACAAAAUAGAUUUUGUAGUCGUUGGACCUGAAGCUCCUCUGGCUAAUGGAGUCACAGACGCUUUAAAUGAGGCUAAUAUUCCUUGUUUCGGACCGACAAAACAAGCUGCUAUGAUUGAAUGUAGUAAAGCUUUUGCUAAAGAUUUUAUGAAACGACAUGGGAUUCCUACAGCCAGAUUUGAGAGCUUUACUGAUGUCGAUAAAGCUGUAGAACACGUAAGAACGGCAGAUUAUCCUGCUCUUGUUGUGAAAGCCAGUGGUUUGGCCGCGGGGAAGGGAGUUAUCGUUGCUAGUAAUCGAGGAGAAGCUGAAAAGGCAGUGAAGGAUAUGUUGAAGGAAAACAUCUUUGGAGAUGCAGGUUCUACUGUAGUUAUUGAAGAAAAGCUUGAAGGAGAGGAAUUCUCUGUGUUGGCAUUUACAGAUGGCAAGUGUGUUGCUGCUAUGCCACCUGCUCAAGAUCACAAGAGAAUAUUCGAUGAUGACCAGGGACCAAAUACUGGAGGUAUGGGAGCAUAUGCACCAUGUCCUCAGGUCUCAGAAGAGCUAAAAGAACUGAUCAAGACUGAUAUUUUACAAAAGACUGUGGAAGGGAUGAAAGAGGAAGGGUAUCCAUACGUUGGCGUGUUAUACGCUGGUAUAAUGAUGACAGCCGAAGGACCUAAAGUGCUUGAAUUCAACUGCAGAUUUGGUGACCCAGUGUUGUCAAAUACAUUACAUACUGUACAAAAAUUAUUUUCCUAUGAAAGUCCUAAAAUGAACCCAGAUAAUCUGGUAUUUCACGCUGGUACAGCUAUAAAAGAAUUGGAUUCUGGGAAAGAAGUGGUAACAUCUGGAGGCCGUGUACUGGCAGUCGUCAGUGUGGCUGGUUCAGUUGAAGAAGCCCAGAAAAAUGUCUACCAACAGGUGUUGAAGGUUUGCUUUGAAGGGGUCUACUACAGAAAGGAUAUUGCUGCUAAAGCUUGCAGAUCUAUCUGUYAUACGUACAGUAAAUCAGGUGUGAACAUUGAUGCUGGUAAUGCUCUAGUCAAUGCUAUCAAGCCCCUUGCUGCGGCUACAUCUCGCAGUGGUUGUAGCGCAGACCUUGGUGGAUUUGGAGGGUUAUUUGAUCUUCAUGCUGCUGGGUAUAAAGACCCUUUACUUGUUAGUGGCACUGAUGGAGUAGGRACAAAACUUAAGAUAGCACAAUCAAUUGGUUGUCAUAGCACCAUUGGAAUCGACCUGGUUGCUAUGUGCGUCAAUGAUAUUUUAGCUCAUGGUGCUGAGCCUCUUUAUUUCCUGGACUAUUUUGCGUGUGGUAAACUGGACGUGGGUGURGCCAARGAGGUUGUGAGUGGCRUCGCUAAAGGAUGUUCCAUGGCAGGAUGUGCUCUGAUUGGAGGUGAAACAGCMGAAAUGCCAGGCAURUACAAGGAAGGGGAAUAUGACGUGGCAGGCUUCACAGUCGGUGCCGUGGAACGUGAACACCUACUACCCCUCAAAGAAGCCAUCAAACCAGGAGACUCCAUCAUAGGACUGGCAUCAUCUGGUAUCCAUAGCAACGGCUUCAGUCUUGUGCGAAGGAUAGUAGAGUCAGCCGRUUUAGACAUUCAUUCUCAGUCUCCCUUUAAGACCACGGAGGSCAUCCAGUCCUUGACGUCACUGGGSGAGGCUCUUUUGAUCCCUACUCGGUUGUACUGUAAAGCUGUGUUACCACUAAUGAAGGAUAAGAUGAUCAAGGGCUUUGCRCACAUCACAGGUACUGAAGAAAAUGCUGAAUACAUUCUUCCUGAUAAUACAAGUGUCAGUCUUGAUGCAAAUGCUUGGACRAUACAGCCAGUGUUUGGCUGGGUGUGGAGGCAAGGGAGAGUACCAGUGGAUGACAUGGCAAGGACAUUUAACUGCAGCAUUGGGGCUGUGGUUAUUGUUAAUAGUGCUGAUGCUGUGUCUGUUAUGGAUGCUUUGAAAGUCGCUGGUGAAACUGCUUGGAUYAUUGGACAAGUGACAGAAUCAACUGGGAACGACAGAGAAGUUAGAAUAGACAACCUAGAGCAUGCGCUAGAGUCGGCCUCUUCUGACGUGAGCAUCUCUACUCCACUAGCUGUCAGUAACGGCUUCAAGAAGCUCAAACUCAGCAAUGGAGAGACAAGUCCAGUCAGGAAAAGGAAACGAGUUGGUGUCUUAAUAUCCGGCUCAGGGACAAACCUUCAAGCUUUGAUUGACAGGAGUCUACGUCAGGACAGUCACUCGGAGAUCGUGAUGGUCAUUAGUAAUAAACCUGGGGURCAGGGUUUGAAGAGAGCUGAAAAAGUAGGGAUACCGACCAAGGUAAUCAAUCAUAAAGACUUCAAGACAAGAUUAGAUUUCGACAUGGCUGUACAAGCGGCUCUCGAAGAAGCUAAAGUAGAGGUAGUCUGCCUAGCUGGUUUCAUGCGCAUCUUGACUGSUGAAUUCGUACGGAAAUGGAACGGGUGUUUAAUCAACAUACAUCCAUCACUCCUCCCCUCGUUCAAAGGCGUAGAUGCGCACAAACAGGUGUUAGAAGCAGGUGUUACUAUUAGUGGAUGCACUGUGCAUUUUGUUGUGGAAGAAGUAGACGCUGGUGCUAUCAUAACCCAAGAAGCAGUCCCAGUCCUCCAAGGAGACACGGUCGAGUCGUUACAAGAACGAGUGAAGACCGCUGAACACAGAGCSUAUCCACGAGCUAUGGAGCUACUAUGCAGCGACCGAGUGGUUCUUGGAAAAGACAACAAAGUGAAAUGUUCGUCAUGACUACCAUGUUAAGGUGGACACUGCCUCUUUAAAUCUUAGAGACUGCAGAGUCCACUAUCUCGCUUGGUAAAUAAUGCCGUCCACUAGRAAUCGAUGUUGUAUGUGGUGU